AUGAAUCAUGUCUUACAUAAGCUCAAGAUAUCUGCUAAUCCUCAUCGGUGGGUUUCACCGUUCAACGACUUUGUAAGCCGUAGGCUCUUGGAAAUUGGUUUUAACUAUUAUUACCCUGACUUUGAGGGGGAUGAACUAGUCAUUUUGGACCCCAAGAUGAAUAUUGCGGAUCACUUGGGAAAAUAUGUUAUUAACCGGUUGGGUAUCAAUGGAUAUCCCUUCACUAGGCACUCCCUUGUGCAGAGAGAAUUGGAAGCAAUAAGGGCAGUCACCUUAGAGUCUUUGCUGGUUUAUGGGUCACGGGAUUAUGUUCUUUGCAUGAACUUGACUAAUCAUAAUGAUAUCAGCAAUAGUAUUGAUGAAGUGCCUAUAGGCGAACUGCGGGGAAAACAUGUCCUUCUUUACAUUGACCAAGUGGAAACGCCAUCAGAAACUUAUUAUACAUUGCUUGAGUGGUACAAUCGAAAUAAAAUAGCAAGGAUUGCUGAUUUUGAAGUGGUAUUUGUUCACUUUAAUGGCGAAGCUAGUACAUCUUCUGGUAGUCCGAAGCCAAUGCCAUGGUUGGUGUGCCCCUUUGACCCCCAACACACAGAUUUUGUGAAAGAUAGUAUACUGAAAGCUGGUACAGAUAUGGGUAUUCUUGCAGCAUUCGAUAAAGAUGGCCAUCUCAUUACAUUAUUUGCAAAAGAUCUUCUAGACUCGUUUGGACCUGAGGGUUUCCCAUCAUACAAUGGCUUGCACAAUGACGUGGUUCUCCUUAUAGGGAAUCAAUAUCUCCUAGAAAUGGAUGAUUUGUUAGAUAAUGACCCUGUGAAAGGCUCUCUAUUCGGCAGCACUACGUUAGAGAACAGCUUUUACUCAUAA